UCUCCGCUUGCUAGGUGGCAUGGCAGAGCCGACUCCCGCCGGGUGGCCUUUAGCCCCCGAGCUGACCUCCGCGCUGGGGACUCCGAGCGAAACUGCCCCGCCGCAGGACAACUGGGUGUACUGGGCCAUGCUGCCCCCGCCGCCACCUCCUCUGUCGUCCCCGGCGGCGGCGGCGGCGGCGGCGGCGGUGGCGGCGGCGGCGGCGGAGUCUGAGCCGUGCCAGACGGGACAGCCCCACGUGCAGACCCAGCCUCUCGCUGGAGCGCUUCCCCCGUUCGACGCUCAGAUUCUUCCCGCGGCGCAGCCUCCUUUCGAUGCCCAGGCUCCGCUGGAUGUACAACCUCAGUUCAGCGGCCAGCCGGCCUGGAAUUUCCAAGCCUCGACGCCUUGGUACUGGGGGCUGUCUCCUAAUGGUUUCCCUACGUAUCCCACGUCCUACUACUACUCUCCGGUUACACAGUCUUAUUUUCCACGAACACACGAUGCAAAAUUCAAUGACUUCAGUUUGCCCCGAAACAAAAAACAGAAAAAGAAGAAAAGAAAGGAACCAGUUUUCCACUUUUUCUGUGAUACCUGUGAUCGUGGCUUUAAAAAUCAAGAAAAAUAUGACAUACACAUGUCCGAACAUAUAAAAUGCCCUGAGGUAGAUUGCUCCUUUAGUGCACAUGAGAAGAUUGUCCAGUUCCAUUGGAAAAAUAUGCAUGCUCCUGGUAUGAGGAAGAUCAAGCUAGACACUCCAGAAGAGAUUGCAAGAUGGAGGGAAGAAAGAAGAAAAAACUAUCCAACUCUGGCUAACAUUGAAAGGAAGAAAAAGUUACAGCUUGAAAAGGAAAAGAGAGGAGAAGUCUUGACAACACCACAGUAUGGCAAAAUGAAAGGCAUGUCCAGACAUUCCCAGAUGGCAAAAAUCAGAAGUCCUGGUAAACAUCAUAGAUGGAAAAAUGGUAGGGCUAGACAGAGAGCAGCCACUGGACUAGGCAAUCAUGCCAGAGACUCUAAGCCUGAAAUUCCAUCCGCAGACCCUCUCGGUACUUUGAUACGCAGUGACUCUGAGUCUGAUGAGGAGAAACCACAAAGGACUAUAGUACCUAAGGAGGUGACACCAGCGCUGUGUUCACUGAUGAGCAGCUACGGCAGUGUUUCGGGGUCAGAGAGUGAACCAGAAGAAAUCCCUAUCAAGACUGAAGCAGAUAUUCCUACAGAAAACCAUGUUCUCUAUAGCAGUCCUCCUAAGAGUCCAAGACAAAAUGUUAAAAUAGCUGGCAGAAUUGUCGCAAGAGCCAAGUGGGAGAGCCAGAGGAUUGGUUUCAGGAAGAUGGCCCUUAAGAGGAAGAAGAGUUACUGCCACCCGUUGUUUGAACCAAGAACACAUCACCCAUACCUCCUGGAAAUGCUUCUAGCUCCAGACAUUCGACAUGAAAGAAAUGUGAUUUUGCAGUGUGUUCGGUACAUCAUCAAAAAAGACUUUUUUGGACUUAAUACUGAUUCUGUGAAAACUGAAGGUGUAAGUGAAGAAUGAAAGAGAGCAGCAUCCUCAUAAGCAGAGAAAACCAAGACCUUUUCAAGACCGGAUCAGUGUGAAACUGUAAGCCACAUGGCUGUUAGCUUGGAUUUUAAGUCUGACCUUUGGCUUUAUGCAAAUAAAUGCACAGCUGGUCUUUUUA